AUGAACAAGGAGUAUCUGGAGGCGCUGCAGCAGAAGAGGUUCACCCCAUCCCCCUCUCCUUCCCAACUGCAGGGCGGGCUUGACCGCAAGCGCAGGCGCAAAGACGAGGCAGCACUGGGUCCGGCCCAGUCAGCAGCAGAAGCUGCCAAGAGGGUUCUCGACAAGAAGAGUUCAGCACACGUCAACAUGGAAGCACUCGGACAGUUAUUCUCCGAUGGUGGUGCCACUGCAACUGCUGCUGCUGCUGCUGCUGCUGCUGGGGCUGGAGCCGGGGCUGAUGCUGCAGCUGGGCAAGGCCGCCCCAAGAAACAGCAGCACGUGCAUUGGGCUGACCAGGCCGCUGCUGGUGGUGGUGGUGGUGGUGUUGGUGGUGAUGCUUUUGUUGGUAAUGCUGCUGCUGCUGCUGAAGAAAUGACAGCAGGGGAAGAGGAAGGGCUGCUAGCAGGGGGGUAUGGUGGAGCAGAAGCAGGUUUGGCAGGGGACAAGGCGUGGGGAGGGGAUGGUGCGCUGGGAGGUUAUGGUGAUGAGUCAGCUGCGUAUGGUGCUGACUCAGCAGUGCACGGUGGUGAGUCAGCAGGGCAUGGGGAAGGAGACAUGGGAGUGGGGCAUGAUAAUUCCGAGCACAUGGGACUGGAUGGGGAGGAGGGUAAUAUGGGUGAUGCUGCAGGUUCGCAUGGGGGUGAAGAAGGGGAAGCCGAUGUUGGUGAUGGGGAUGCAGCUGAUCGGGAUGCAGCUGAUGGGGAUGCAGCAGAGGGGCAUGCAGCUGAUGGGGAUGAAACGGAGUACCAUGAUGUGAACGGGGUGCAGUACCAUGUAGAAGCAGGUGAGGAGCAUUACAAUGAGGAUGGGGCGGGAGAGGCAGUGUGGGGAGGUGAGGGAGCGGAUCAGCUGUACGGUGCAGAUGGCAUUGAUCCCGAUGACCAAUACAUGUUUUACUGA